AGACCUUUGGGGCACUUGAAAUGCGCUUUGCCGCGCCCCCUCGCCAGCUGUGAGCUCAACUGCAGGCAUUGGCAAGCCAAGCCCCCGCCCCAUCGGGGGGAACCUCCCAGCGGCAGCGCAGUCCUCCUCGUAAGCUUAGCUAAGCUGAACUGAGAAAGCCAGAAGUAUAUUCGCAAGAGGAGUUGCAAAGCGUGGCAAGGAGCGACUCCCACCUCGAAGCGAGUUAUGGCGGGGCAGUAGAUAAGACUGCUAGGCGCGCAGGCGCCCUCCGCCAACAGGAUGACCCCCCACCCCCCGAGAUAGUCGACGGAAAGAAGGUCUCGUUUCUGGAUUUGGAGAGCGGCGCCAGGGAGUAAUGCCCCCCACCGCCCAGCUUUACCAACCGGACCUUCCGCAGAAGUGCUGCGCGUGAAUUCAUGCUGGGUUGGUAGCUGGGAGUUGAGCGCGGAGAUAAUGGCGCGCUUUGGGAUAGCUCCAGAGAAGAGCUAAAGCGACGACCUGGCGGGUUUUGAGGUCUUCAAAACGAUAUGGAGCCCGAGCCUAGAGAUGUAUAUUAGGAAGUAAAUCCCUUUGAGUUAAAUGGGACUUACUCCCAGAGCUGGAUUGUCCAAACUGCAAGCAAAUUUAAAUGUGAACACUCUUAUCUGUCUCAUGCCUGUUUCUUCUGCAAGAAUACCCAAUUCUGGAGAACCCUCUGUGCCCCAAAGAUGGUGAAAACCAGGUUAGUGGAACAACUUCCAAGUCUGGUUAGGGAUCUGGAGCUCAGAAUGCCUGCAUGGAAAGCUGAUUCUCAUGGUGAGAGUAGAAUGAACUGUGAUGAAAUGGAUCAGAGCAGAAAAACUGUGUUGCUGGAGAAAACAAAUUGCCUGCAUGAAGAACAGCACUGUGGGAGCAGGGAUGAUGGACCUGGGCAGCAAGUGUCAGGGAGACCCUUCUGGAAGUUCGGUACAGAGAAACAAAUGUUUGUUAGGAAGGAUGGUUUGGAACAGAAGGAGAGUGCAUUCACUGAAGUGAGGCGGAUGAAGGAAAAGCUGAAAGCUGAGAAAGCCAAAGAGUUGGAACAAGAAGAUGGAGAGGCUAACUUUGAAAAAGAACAAAUGUUCAGCAACCUAGUUCAAAGUUCACCAGGCAGUGCAUUCUCGUUUGUGUGGCCAACCAGAGUUACUGGGGAGCCAAAGAGUGCUUUUAGCAAACCAGCAAAGUGCCUGGUGGACAGAACACUGACUACUUCUCAUCAUUUGAGUGACUUGGUAAAAGGUCAAGAAAAGUUAUCAGAGUUCAUCAGUACCUCUGACAUAAUGCGAUACAGCAGCAUUUUGACUUCCAAGCUCCUUGUGAGUGAUUUGAGUGGCUCUCGGUUGCUGCAGACCAGCCUUGUUCACAGCAACCCUUUCUCUUAUCCCUCAGGACAGUGGUCUCGACAGACUGGAGAGCAAAUGCAUACUACAUCUGCUCCCACUUCAAGCUCUUCCUCUGCUUCCUUGACUCUGUUGCCCCCCACCUUUGCCUCCUUUGGUGUGGCAGCCCAGAACUGGUGUGCAAAAUGCAAUGUCUCCUUCCGCAUGACAUCUGACCUUGUGUUCCACAUGCGCUCUCAUCACAAGAAGGACAAUGUCUUGCCAGAGUCCCGAGGCAAAAGGAGGCGGGAUGAAAAGCUGACCUGUCCUGUCUGCCAGGAAUAUUUUCGGGAACGUCACCAUUUAUCUAGGCACUUGACUUCUCAUAAUUAAGUCUAUGCUUAUUAUGCAUACUUGUGCUUUUAUGUGUGUAUGUUGAGUUGUAGGCAUUCAUUUUCCUGCUCAUUUUAAACUAGUAUCUCUUGAGA